UGCACGGGGUGGGCGGACGGAGCCGGAAGGAGCGCGCCCUGAAGCGGGAGCGCGCUCGGCACGGCACUUAGCCCAGAAGCGGGAGCGCGCUCGGGGCAGCGCAGCGGCGGCCGGUCCGGUCGCGAGCGGGAGUGUCGAGCAUGGAGGUCCGGCCAGAGAGGUUCAAGGCGGCCGCCGGCAAGACUCUGGGCAAAAUACACAGGUUGUUGGAAAAGCGUCAGGCGAAUGGCGAGACAAUAGAGCUGUCAGCCGAUGGCAGGCCGGAGUUGGUCGAGGAGAAGGAGCUCCCAGUGAUUGACUGCACCUGCUUCGGCCUUCCUCGCCGCUACAUCAUCGCCAUCCUUUCCGGCCUGGGUUUCUGCAUCUCCUUCGGAAUCCGGUGCAACCUGGGAGUGGCCAUUGUCAGCAUGGUCAACAACCACACCAUCUACAAGGGCGACAAGAAGGUGUUGGUGGCUGCCCAGUUCAGCUGGGACCCGGAGACAGUGGGCAUGAUCCACGGCUCCUUCUUCUGGGGCUACAUUGUCACGCAGAUACCUGGCGGCUUCAUCUGUCAGAAGUUUGCAGCCAACAGAGUCUUUGGCUUCGCUGUAGUGGCUACCUCAACGCUAAACAUGCUGAUCCCAUCUGCUGCACGAAUUCACUUUGGCUGUGUCAUCUUGAUUAGGAUACUUCAGGGGCUUGUGGAGGGUGUGUCGUACCCAGCGUGCCACGGGAUAUGGGCAAAGUGGGCCCCGCCGCUUGAAAGAAGUCGACUGGCUACGACUGCAUUUUGUGGUUCUUACGCAGGAGCUGUUGUGGCGAUGCCCUUAGCUGGGGUCCUUGUCCAGUACUCUGGGUGGUCUUCCGUUUUUUAUGUCUAUGGCAGUUUUGGGAUAUUCUGGUAUCUUUUCUGGAUCCUGGUAUCAUAUGAGAGCCCUGCAGCCCAUCCUACCAUCACACCGGAGGAGAGAAAGUACAUAGAGGAGAGUAUAGGGGAGUCUGCAGGGCUUGUUAACCCAUUGCAGAAAUUCAAGACGCCGUGGAAGAAGUUCUUCACCUCCAUGCCGGUUUAUGCAAUCAUCGUCGCAAAUUUCUGCCGCAGCUGGACCUUCUACUUGCUUCUCAUUAGCCAACCUGCGUACUUUGAGGAGGUGUUUGGGUUUGAGAUCAGCAAGGUGGGGCUGUUGUCAGCCCUCCCCCAUCUUGUAAUGACCAUCAUCGUGCCAAUUGGGGGGCAACUGGCCGAUUACCUGCGGUCGCACCAAAUCAUGACCACCACAAAUGUGAGGAAGCUCAUGAACUGUGGAGGAUUUGGAAUGGAAGCCACCCUACUGCUUGUGGUUGGCUUUUCACACACCAGGGGUGUAGCCAUAACCUUCCUCGUCCUUGCUGUGGGCUUCAGCGGAUUCGCUAUCUCAGGGUUUAACGUGAACCACUUAGAUAUAGCCCCCCGCUAUGCCAGCAUUCUCAUGGGCAUCUCCAAUGGAGUUGGAACACUAUCCGGAAUGGUGUGCCCACUCAUAGUGGGUGCCAUGACCAAAAAUAAGACACGGGAAGAGUGGCAGUAUGUAUUUCUGAUAGCUUCUCUCGUUCAUUACGGAGGAGUUAUCUUCUAUGGCAUUUUUGCCUCUGGGGAGAAACAGCCGUGGGCCGAGCCUGAGAACACUAGCGAUGAGAAGUGCGGAAUAUUGAAUGAAGAUGAGCUGGCCAAUGAGACGGAGGAGCUGUACCGUACCGGCGCAGGCGGGCAGUAUGGCGCCGUGAACCAGCCCAACAUGAACCCCAAUGGUGGUGGAGGAGGAGGAGGAGGAGGAGGAUGGGCUUCCGAAUGGGACAAGACUGAGGAGUACGUGCAGCCUCCAGGGUCCAACAGCUACCUGUACGGAGAGGGAGAAAGAGAGCUGACAUAG